CUUCGUGGCUGCUGCAGCCAGGACCCGGGCUUAACUAUUAGAGAGAAAAGGCGCGCGCCACCUUGGCAUUUUCUGUUCUAUUUCUGUUGGUUACGUUCUGUGUUCGAAUCCUGAACCCACCUCGUGGAGGAGGAACAACAUCACGGCCAUGUUCGCCUUACGAGCGCUUACCGUGUUCGCUGCUUUGGCAGCUACGGUAUCAGCUCAAAAUGAUGCAAGGACUACCACUAGUUCCGGGCCGAAGACGACAACCUCAACUCCUUCGGGUUCGUCAUCAGCUUCCAGCUCGUCCGCCGGGCCAGCAACAAUUACCAUAGCAGUUGGAGCGAACGGGCACGUCUUCACUCCCCAGGAGGUCAAAGCCAACGUGGGCGAUAUCAUCAGGUUCAAUUUCUACCCCGGCGGCCACCGCGUUGUCCGUGCCGAAUUCGGGUGGCCGUGUAUCCCAUACGAAUACGCCAAUCUCAACGAGCAAGGCUUUGACUCGGGCACCUUCACGCCGCAAGUGGUAUCCAACAACCCCCCUAACUACCAAGUGCGCAUCAACGACACGGAACCCCUCUUCUUCUACUGCGCCGCACCGCAUUCGUGCAUCGACUACCACAUGAUAGGGGUCAUCAACCCGAACUCUACCCAGUCCUUCUCCGCCCAAAUGGCCUACGCCCAAAAUGUCACCUACCAGCUCGCUCCCGGCGAGCCCUUCCCCUCGGAGACGCCCAUCCCGACGCCCACUCCAUCUUCCGGCUCCAGUUCCAACUCUGGGAGCGGUGUUGAUGAACAAGAAGAUGAAGAUGACGGCGGCAGUGGUGGCCUUAGCACCGGUGCGAUAGCGGGAAUCGCCGUCGGCGGCGCGGCCGUUCUAGUCAUCGCCGCCGCACUGAUUUAUCUGUGCGGACGGAGGGGCGGGUUCGAGAAGGCGUAUCGCAAGUCGGGCCUACCCGGCUCCCGGGUGUCGGCCCUGGCGCCCCGGGCGGGAUCGCCUCAUAUGGUGGAGGCGAACUAUGCGAAUGCUGGUGGUCUCGGGGUGGUGCCCAAGAGUCCUGGGCAGGCGACACUGUCGUCGGCGUUUGGGGGGCAGGAUAGUGGCACGCUGAGGAGCUCGUCGUUGUAUUAUGCGGGGACGACGCCUUCUCCCGGUCCGGGCAUGUCGCCGGGGGGGAUGCCGGCUUAUGGGCACGGUCAUGGGCAUGGUGGGGAUGGGAUUUAUGGGUGAGUUCCAUCUCUUUUUACCAUCCUUACUUUUGCUUCGUCUUUGUGGACCUUGCUCGGUCUUCGUCGUAUUCUUCUCCGCGUUUCCCAUCAUCGAGGCCAAAACUCUGAGCAGGCGACACUGAUCAACCCGCAGCUCCCCGCACUCGUCGCCCAGAA